CCUCUGAAAGUCACAUAUGAAACACAAUUUCCUCUUUGCAUGAGUAUACACAAGGAAGUGGUAAAUAAAAAGGACCAGCAGCUAGAUCAAAGCGCCAAGGGCAGCUUGGUUACCAGACAAUUUCAAAUGGAAUCAACAGUCCCUUCAACCACUUCUCUAAACAAUAUCAUUAAUCCCAACAAGACUAACAUAACUGAAGCUCUGUGUGAAUUUAGAGAAGUUUGGGUCUCAGCCCACCCUGUUUUCAUAUUUGCAUACUCAUUGGUGUUUCUUAUCAGUCUGGUGCUGAACUGCAUCACGAUGAAAGUUUAUUUCUGCACCAAACAGCGUGUUCAGUCCAGUGUCACCAUCUACCUGAAGAACCUAGCUGCGGCUGACUUCUUCCUUUGCCUUUCCUUACCUCUGCGGAUCGCUAACAAUGUCAACUUUUCAAUGACACUGCGGAUCAUAUACUGCAGCUUUGGAGCAACGGCUUUCUAUUUAAACAUGUAUGCAAGUAUUCUCUUCAUGGACUUUAUUGCUGCAAACAGGUACCUCAAAAUUGUCCGGUCUUUGGAAACAAAUGCCUUUCAGACGGUUCGUACUGCCCACCUGAUAUCCAUAGCAACAUGGUUCUUCUUGGUAAUCAUGGGGUCCAUCUACUUGAUCCCAUUUCUUCAGAUUUCCUGGGAUCACAAUCAAAGCUCUGAAGAUAUUAGUUGUGAGUCUCUACAUAGUGCUCAACAUAGCUUGGCCUACAAAAUCAUCCAUUGUGCGUCCAUUGCGCUCUUCAUGUUGGUGCUGUUUUCUCUGGUUUUUCUGUAUUGGAAAACUUUGCAAAAGAUCAGAGAAGCUAAAUUCUCUACACAGGCCACAUCAAACAGCCAAACCUUUAACAAGUCUAAGCGUAACAUGCUCAUUCUAGUGGUGAUUUUCUGUGUGUGUUUUGUUCCCUAUCAUCUGGUGAGGCUGCCUUACGUUUUCAUCAGCGACUGUACAAUGGUUCAGGCAUUUAGCAUCCUAAAAGAGCUGACUGUUCUGCUUUCAGUGCUAAAUGUCUGUUUUGAUCCACUUAUAUACUUGAUCUUCUGCAAGACCUUCAGAGCCCAGCUUGGCCUUGGAAAGAAGAACGAAUUGUCAAGGGCUGUCAGUUUGACACCUUAAUUCAGUGCUAUUGAUCACAAAUAUUAAAUCUUCAUCAUGUAAUCAUGCCUGCUUAGCUGUACAUAAAUUCUAAGUUCUGUCCUGACCAGUGGCAGCUCAUCAAUAGAGGGCACUGGCGCAGCCCCCCUAAAGUUGUCCAGAGAAGAAAGCUACUUUAACAUGUUACAAAAAAGUUAAAUGUACAGUGCAAAUUAAUAUAAAAUAAAAUUGUUUAGUUGUACUAUUUCA